AUGGGUCUUCAACUAAACAAAUGUCACCCUCCUAGCAUUUACCUCGUGGGCUUCUCCAAAAAUCAAGUCCCAGUUCUGGGGAUUCUCCCACUCCAAGUUCGUAUUGGCAAUGACCAACAAACCGUAGAGAACACAAUCAACUUCCAUGUUAUUGACUGCCCUUCCACGUACAACUGCAUUCUCGGGCGCCCUUUUCUACAUCAAGUUCGGGCUAUACCCUCAACCCUGCACUUAAAAUUGAAGUUCCCAACUAUUUCCGGAGUCGGGUGUGUGAAGGGAGAUCAAGCUCUUGCACGACAGUGUUGUGAGUUCUCCCUUAAAGAUGGCUUUGUGGCCACGAUGGAAGCCAAAGACGAGGUCGCUCGUCCCGUUCCCGUUGACCCUGAUGAAGAACAUACAUUAGAAGAAGGGCGAACCGUUCGUGUAUCCAUGGCAUGGCCUAAAAAUUAUCUCCGACAACUUCUUAGUUUGAUGAUCGAGUACAAAGAGCUCUUUGCUCAAGGACCUGAGGAUAUGCCUGGUCUUGAUUCAAAAGUUGUCGAGCAUACACUAGGGAUAAUCCCAGGUAGCAAGCCCAUCCAACAAAAAAGAAGGAACUUUGCAUGGGAACGUCGCCAGGCCAUAGCAGAGGAGGUAAUCAAGCUAGGGCAAGCCGGCUUCAUUAGCGAGGUUCUCUACCCAACAUGGUUGGCUAAUGUGGUCAUGGUUAAAAAGGCCAACGGCCAGUGGAGAAUGUGUGUUGACUUCACCGAUCUCAACAAGGCUUGCCCGAAGGACCCGUAUCCUUUGCCCAAGAUUGAUCUGCUUAUUGAUGCGACCGCCGGUCAUUGCCAUCUCUCUCUUUCUUGA